GCCCGGGCGCGCGCACGUGCAUGUUGAGAGAGCGCAUCUGCCCACACACACACACACACACACACACACGGGGAGGAUGCUGCCUCGGUUCAGACAACAGACGCGCAGCUGAAGAAGAACCGGGCGGACCAACGGACACACCGACACCGACACCAGGAUCUACCGGGCACCGAGCUACCUCGGGCCGGGCCGCCUCUCCUCCCCGGUCGGUGUGAUUGUCCCGUGAGCCCCGGAGCGGCGGACAGGACGGACGAUGAAGAAAAGCACCGAGAGCCGACGGGGCGUUCAGGACUCGGGUCAACAGGCCGUCCAGCAGCCGGAGAAAGUGGGCUGGAUCAGGAAGUUCUGCGGCCGCGGGAUCUUCAGAGAGCUGUGGAGGAACCGGUAUGUGGUCCUGAGAGGAGACCAGCUCUACAUCUCUGACAAGGAGGUGAAAGAUGAGCGGAAAGCACAGGAAGUGUUUGACCUGGCUGAUUACGAGCGUUCAGAGGAGCUGAGGAAAGCGAAGAGUCGCAGCAAGAAAAACCACAGCCGCUUCACUCUGCUGCGCUGCAGACAGCCAGGAAACACUGUUCCCAACCUUGUGUUUCUGGCGGUGAGUCCUGAGGAAAAGGAAUCAUGGGUCAACGCCCUCAAUGUGGCAAUCAUCAAAGCCAAGAACCGCAUUUUAGAUGAGGUGACCAUUGAGGAGGACAGUGCACUGGUUCAUCCCACCAGAGACCGGGCAAAGAUCCCUCAUGGCCGCCGGCUGCCAACCAGAGGACACCUCAUAGCAGUGGCGUCCACCUCUUCCCAUGGUAUGCUGACCCUCGACCUGGUUGCUGAGGAGGAUGGUUUCUCUCCGGACUACGCUUGCGACUCCCGGGAAUCCUGGGAGAACAGCUUCCAAGUUGACCUGCAGACGGGGGGUUCAUGUGGACAAGUGGCAGUUGUCGAAUCUGGGGGGUUCGGAGUUCGUCAGCGAGCCGACACUGACGUGUCAAAACUGCGGGUGACCUCCAAGGAGCCCAAGGUGAAGACUGGCAGUCUUCCCAGGGGGAGUGAGCGGUCCUGGGGCAAACAGUCCCACCUGGAGGCCUCCAAGGUCCACAAGACCCAGCAGGUCCUUCAGGCUCAGUCUCGAACGCCACAGCCAGGGAAGAGGUUCAGCAUGCAGGGCCGGAGUCGCUGUGCCUCCAUGGAUGAAGUCCUCUCGUCCAGACCAGCGAUGAUUCGCUCUGAGUUGCGCUCUGCUCUGCGUCGUUAUCCGACUGAAGAGGAGGCAGGGGGCGGGGCUUCAGUACAGCCGGUCGGUCAGCUGCAGAGCCUCAUUGCCCAGAGGAUGCAGCGAGCUCAGGAGCUGCUGGAGGAGAUGAGACUGCAGGAGCUGCAGAAGGCCAAAGCAGAGCGAGAACGAGGAGGCAGCUCACCCUACCUGAAAGGCAUCGUCCCCCGCCUCCACCACCUCAGGGGCUCAGACUCUCCUCACUCCAGCAGGUCGUCCGGAUCUCCGAGGAGCAGGAGCAGUGACUCUCCUCGCCUUCGGGGCAAAGACUCUCCUCGUCUCAGAGGGAGAGAGUCUCCUCGAUCCAAAGCCAAGAGGAAUCGCUCCAAAGGGGCCGACUCGCCUCGUUCCAGAGGGUCCCAUUCACCUGCCGCUAAAGCAAACGACUCUCCUCGACUGAAAGAUUCACCUCGUCUUACCGCCACCGACUCCCCCGGGACAAAGAGCUCCGGCACGGUCCGUUCACCAAAACUCAAGGGAUCGUCCAGCUCCUCUUGUCCCAACAAGGAGGACGAUUCUCCUGUACAGAAGUCACCUGAAUCACCUCCAUGUGUCAGCGGAUCCGACUCCUCUCAUGUUAAAGGAUGUGAUUCACCACGAAGCAGUGAGACUGACUCCCCUCGUCUGGGGAGCAGCAAGGAGUCGCCCUGUCCGAGUCAGAAGAACUCCCCGAGCCUUUCUGGACCCUUUGAGUCCUCGCAGCCCAAAACCCCCGACAAACACCGCCUGUCCCCACCUCCGCCCUCCUCGCCUCCAUCCCUGCUGUUGGAGGAGGACCUUGAGGUGGAGAAGAGGCGUGCUGAGGCCGAGCGCCUCCUGGAGGAGGCCGUGUCAUCGUGGAAGGAGGCGCAGGAGGUCCUGCAGGAGGUGAAGGAGCUGCAGAGCCAGACGCUGCGGCGGCAGCGCAGGAGGACCUACGAGAAGACGACACCGACAGUGGCGGCGGCUGGGUUGCCCGCGGCGACCACGGCAGCGGAUGAGGACGACACACCCACCUCGCCGACGUCACCUGAGGAGGACGACGAGUCUGAGACACCUUGACGGGAUUUUUUUUUUCUUACAAAUAUUUAUUGAUUAAUUGAAUUUUCUCAAUGAAAGUAGCAGCGUUUUUCAGCAUGCUGACGCACAAAAAAAGCAGACAGAAUUUGCGUAAUUUGGGAGUUUUUAAAAUUCUAUUCCUUAAAAUGUUUUUCAUCUUUUAAUCCAGGGAUGGUCGGACGCACGUGAACACGUAAGAAAAUGUGGAUUAUUUUGAAACCAGCGAUACAGUUCUUCCCAGGAGGUCUAAUGACUUGAAUCCUCCACAGUGCACUAGACUGUCAACAGUCCAACGCCCUCUCACUUCUGCUGCCCACUUUAUUUCACAAAGUCUCUUUGUGUGACGGCUGUGUCACAUUUAAUCUGAGUAAAUACUGUUUUAAUUAAGAGGCCCGCACCUUCGCCUAUUCUGAUGGUGCUGCGCGUUUUUUUCUUCUACGUCUUUUUUUGUUGUUGCUGAAAGUGAAGUGAAAAGCCUCUCCGAUGAUUUCAAAGUGUUUUUUUUUUUUUUUGUUUUUUUGGAAGAGAUAUUUGGGGUUUUGGGAGAUGAAAAAAAAAAAAAAAAGACAGUUUGUCGUUUAAAGACAAAAAAAUUUUUCCAAGCAAAGAUGUCAACAUUUAUACAAUGGGAAACUUUUUCAAUGUGACAAAAACAUGAAGGCACUGAAGACCACUAUGUUUCCUACGGGGGGGGGCUUUCUUCUUUUUAAAGUAAGACACCGAAAUGGACUUCCCAUAUUGACACUGAUUAUUAAGAAUUUAAAUAUCUGUUACCUGAUUUAUUUGCUAUAAUGUCUUCCUGUGUGACAUUUCUGUUAAAACAAUCUUGUAAAUUGUCCCUCCCAAAAUGUCCGUCCAGCUCGCUGUUUCAACCCUCAGCAGACGUUUCAAAACCACAGUGAGUUUUGUCAAAAAUCAGGGAGUUUAAUGUUCUACACCAUGAAGAGAGAAUAAGCAAUAAUGACAAUAAGAAACAAAGAAAAAUGUUUUCUCUAAGGCUUUACUUGUUAAUCAGUUAUGGGGCUGUAACAGAACAAAAAGCAUGGUUUCACCUAGAUGAACCUGCAAACAUAAGCUGCUGGGCCCCCGUAGACUCCUGUUCCCCCCACUCUCUGUGCAAUAUGUACAGUUUAUUUUCAAGAAUACCGCUUCGCCCCCGGAUUUGCUGUUUGGUAAGAUCAGGUAAUAAAGCAAGACCCACCUUAAAGCCCUUAUUAUGUCUGCUGAUAGCUGUGUUUUAGCGCUGCAUUUUACAGUUAGCACCAGUAGCAAUGCAUUGGCCCAUAGGGAUCAUUUUCAUAAAGCAUUAUAUAUAUAUAUAAACAAACACUGAAAGGGACAUUUCAAGUGUAAAUUUGAACGAACACAUUGCGACAAAUAAAGAUCCCUUCGGUUUGACUUUAAAGAUUUGCGGCUGCAGCGAUCGGGAGCGUUUCGGACAUUUCACAGCGUAAAGAUCAUCUCGUUUUCUCUGAUGGAGGCUGUUUCUAAAUGACCUCAGACACAUUUUAGACUUUCUGUACUGGCGUCUCCGUCUCAUUUCUCUUAUAUACGCCAAUAUCACUAUAUCUGCAAUAAGCUAAUAUCUCCCGAUUUAUCGAUCUAGCUCUAGCCGAGUCAUUACACGAAUGCAUAUUACUCACUUAAAUACCGCAAGAAAUAUUUAUAGCACGUAAACAGCGCUGAAACCAUUUGUUCUAUAACUGUGUACUAUUAGCAUACUGGCAUAAAAUAAAUUACUCUCAGUUUAACUGAUUUAUCAAACAAAAAUCUUAACAUUUACUGGUUCAAGUAAAAUUUUUAUAGAUUCACAAAUAGUUAAUAUUUUAAACAACUUUUUGGAAUGAGGAGCUGCCAGUGUAUCAAUCGUUCAAAUAUCAGCUGAUAAAUGUCACUAAACUGAUAUUCUGCUGUUUAAAAGGUCACAUUUUGUGUUGGUUGUUGCUAUUGUAACUUUAAAUAUGCACAUUUAUUUAUCUCUCUCUCUGUUUGUCGCUGCUGUCGCGUCACAAUGUUUUGACUUUUCUCCAGUUUUAGUGUUUCUGCACAAUUCCUCAUGAAUAUUCAGUCGAACUCAGUUUGUAGAAGAAGGCACUGACCCUGUAACGGGUUACGUAUAUUAUGGAUUCAUUGUACUGUAAGUGAUGUUGGUGAAAAGAUGUUGAACAAAUGUAUUUAAUUUUAUUUAUUUUAAAGUUUAUGCACAUUUAGUACAACUUUCAUGACCAGAAUCCACUGUGUCACUUAAAGGGACAGUGUGGAACAUUUAGGAGCAGCUGUCGGCAGAAAUAUAAUAUUCAUAUGUUUUUAUUAGUGUUUAAUCGCCUGAAAAUAAGAAUUGCUGUGUUUUCGUUACCUUAGAAUCAGCCUUUAUAUCUACAGAGGGAGCGGGUCCCCUUCCACGGAGGCCGCCAUGUUGCUCCGCCAUGUUUCUACAGUAGCCCGGAACGGACAAACCAGACACCGGCUCUAGAGAGGCCCGUUCACGAGUUUGCGGCCACCGUAGUUUCUCCUCCACGCCUGGAAGGGGAGGGCGAGGCGAGCGGUGUUCACGUGGCUGCAAACUGCAGUUUCACCACUAGAGGCCGCUAAACGCUCCACACUGGCCCUUUAAUAUUUAACACUUUGUUCACGUUGUCAAAAAUAUGAAAACAAGUUAUUUUCCAUUUUCAUUUUCACUCAUUUUAUUUAACUAAAGAUUUAUAUGUUGAUGUUUCUGACUAAUGUUUGAAUUACUGUAUACAGCAAUGCAUUGUGGGUAAACGGAGCCAAAAACACUGUUUAUUUUCUGCUUUGAGCAUCCAGACCUCGUUUUCACAUGCAAAAAAUAAAAUAAGCUAAAGAAACUGCCAACGAAGGGAGAUUAUUUCACCUGCAGCGUCUCUUCUGUUUGAAGAAACGUUUCUAUAAAGUUUCUGAAAAAAAGGCAAACUGACCUGAGAACAGGUGGACUCACCUGAUUGGUGACUUUUUUCUUGUUGGAAUAAAAAUAAGUCUUGAAAGCGAAA